AUGUUAGAAAAAGUUCGAAUAAUAUCUAAUCGUCUACAAGAAAUAUGUGAAAUAGACACAAAAUAUUCUCGUGUUUUUAUUCGGUUUUCUAAGAAAACUAUAGUUAAAGAUUGGAAAAAUGACUUAUCGAAUUAUUUAAUUGAACUAUCAGAUGAAAUGAAAACAUUAAAUCAUACAGAUCAAAUUGAAGCUUUAAAUACUAAACUAUCGAUUGUACAAGCAUUAAGAAAAUUAGAUUGGUUUUUAGAAGGUGAAAAAUUUACUGAUAUUUAUCGUACUUAUCAAAAUAUAAUUUUUGAAAAAAUUUCUGGCGUUAGUCAACAAAUUAUAGAUGCUAUUAAAGAGUUUGAUUAUCAACGAGUUGCGGAUAAAAUGAUGGCAUUACAGUCAUCGAAUGAAGUAGGAAAACAUUACUAUGCAGAAGUUAAACAAUCACUUAAUGCUAGUUUAAAUCUAUUAAUAGAUGGAACUAAAGCUCAAGCGAUUACGCUUGGAAAUAAUAUAGAAAUAGAAGAAAUAAAAUUGAUAGGAGAAAAUUUGAAAAGAAUAGAAAGAGCAAGACAAUUUAUAGAAAAACACUUAGAUGCACCAGAUGAAAUAGAUAAUUGUAUAGAAGAUGUUAAAGAAAAAAUUGAAAAGCGAAUAAAACGCUUCUUAGUAGGAGUAAAAACUCUUAUAGAUAAUCAUAAUUUCUUUGAAGCAGAUAAAAAAAUCGACUCAAUCACGUUAGUAUGUACUUUAUUAGGAAAGUAUUAUGGAAAAGAAAUUUCUUAG